AUGGCCAAGCAUUCCACAUUGGUGUUCGCCCUCGGUCUCCCCAUUAAUCAGGCUGAUGUUCUCUUGAAGUCACAUACUGAUGUUGGCAGUUAG